AUGCAGGGUUGUUGCUAUAAAUAACUGCAAGUGGCCAAUUCCUUUCUUUUCCCUUCUUUCCCAUCCCAUCCCGAACUUGCAGAAGAGAGAAUAAUUUUUUCCGAGAAAACACAAAGAAGCUGCGAGAAAAGAAAAUUCCCAGAAACUGAAGGCGGACUCUGCGUCCUUUGCAAUCAAGAGAGAGAUGAAGAACUGCGAGCUCUGCCGGCUUCCCGCGAGAAUCGUCUGCGAAUCGGACCAGGCGAUGCUGUGCUGGGACUGCGACGCCAAGGUACACGGCGCCAAUUUUCUGGUGGCUCGCCACUCCAGAAGCCUCCUCUGCCACGGGUGCCAGUCUCCGACGCCGUGGAAUGCCUGCGGCGAAAAGCUCGGCCACACUUUUUCGGUUUGCGAGAGCUGCGUCGUACGAGACGGAAGCAGAGACGAGGAGGAGGAGGAGGAGGAGGAGGUGAGCCAGGACGGUAAUGAUGAUGAAUUCGAUUCCGACAACGAUGAGAUUGACGACGACGAUGACGCCGAUGAUGAUGAGGUUGUUGGUUUCGACGAGGGCGGAGAUAAUCAGGUGGUGCCGUUGUCUUCGACGGCGACGCUGCCUCCGCCGACUUCGAGCGCAUCGAGCAGCGAGCAGUCUGCGACUGCGUCCAACAAUGGCGAUGGAGAUGGUUCUGAAGACGCCACCGCCGUGUCGUUGAAGCGAUUCAGAGAAACCGCGUCGGAUCUUCGCUCUCAGGUCGACGAUCUCCACGGUUCAUGUCCUCACCGGAGGUGUGGCUCGGCUAAGGCAGCUCGAGCGGGUCGGACCGAACCCGACGACGGAGCCACUUCGGUUGACUCAUCGAGACCUCGAAAAGACCGGAGAAUCGAUCUAAACCGGCCGGGUUCCCCGUCCUCGCCCGUUAUUGAGUCCACGAGGAGAUUUCGCCGGCAAGACAAUCGGUGAACUUUAAUGAAGGCUCUGAAGCCGUCGAUCUUUAUGCUUCGGAGGCUUGUAGCCGUCUGAUGUGGGGAUGAUGGAUAAUUCUUUUUACUUACAGCAGUCUCAACUCAGCAGUUCCUGAUUAGAUCAGUAGUUAAUUUCGUAUUAGUCACGCAAUUUGUUUAAAUUUUUUUCUUUUUAUUUUACCAAUUUAAAAUUCCGAUUCUUCAUGUUUAUGUCGUGCCAUUAUUUUGUAAAAAUACUGUUUUGUAAUUUGAAAGAGUAGCUUUUUCCUU